AUGGAGGUGGCCUUCUCUGGCCCGCACAUAGUACCAGAGCCCCUCAGGAGAGGGACUCCUCUGCCUCUGAGCCAGCUGGUGGAGGAGAGCAGAAGCAGAGCCAACAUCCCCAAUCAUCUACUGGAAUCAAAAAUCUAUACCAAAGUGAAAAGCAACAGCCUGAUCCAAGCAGAGCCCUCAAUGCUUCACUUCAGUGGGUUUGAGCUGGGGAAGGAUUACCUAAAGAGCCUGAAACUAAUCAACAUCUCAUCUGAGGUAAUGAAUAUUCAUAUCAUCCCCACCCAAACCAAGCACUUCCAAACAACUUACACCAAAAAGUAUCGACUCAUCCCUGGCCUCGCCUACACCCUUAAGGUCCAGUUCUGUCCCGAUGAGUGGCGUUACUUCUAUGACUGUGUGCGGGUUCACUGCAAGGGGGAGGAGAACCUAUUAAUUCCAGUUCAUGCUUACCCUGUCAUCGAUGACCUGCGCAUCCCUCCUCAUAUCAACCUACCAGCCGUACCACUUGGACAAAGUGUGAGCCACGCUAUUCCUCUGAGAUGCAGCUGCCCCAUUGAUUUUGAGGUUCAGGUGUAUGUUAUUCAGCCCCAUGAGGCCUUCUCCAUCCAUCCUCUAGCAGGUAUAAUACCAGCCAAUGGUGAGCUAAAGAUCAUGGUGACCUUCACUCCUUUCCAGUAUGAGACUUCUCAGGUCACCAUCCAGCUGGUCAUCUCCCAGUUCAACACUAAACCUUUCCUCUGCACCAUUACUGGGAGCUCGGCCCCUCACCUAGCCCUCAGUCAACUGAAAAGAAAGCCGAGUCGAGGAGAUGCAGCAUCUGCAGAGUCCAAAGGAUCUUCACCCACCACCACACGAGUCCCUCCUCGAAGUAAAAACAAAUACAUAUCAAUCAAGGAGGCAGACAAAUCAAAGACAGUGAGAGAUCAAACUAGGAUUAAGCCUGGAUUGAAGCCUCAGCUGGAUGUUUGUACCCCUGCAGGGGUGGCAAAGAUGCUGAUCAAAGACACCAAUAAGCUCAGCUCUAAAGACUUGAGGGAAGUCAUAUCCAGCGGCGGUAUGGUGGGUCUACAAAACAGGCAGAUGAAGGAGGCCCUCUUCAUAAAAAAGGUUCAACAGAAUGUGAAGGAGGAGCAAGCCAACCAACACAGAUGGCAGGUUCAUCUGGGUAAGGAUCCCAUGUCAGAGCACACCAGGAGGCAAGUGGUGGAGGACCGAGAGAUCGCACUAUAUGAAUACAUGGUAAAAAGGGGGGAUGUAAAGCAGGAGGAAGACUUUGCCAGUGGACCCGCUAAACUUUCCUCCAUACGGGUGCUUUGUGAAGCAGGACAGGCCCCCGAGGGAGCUCCAUCCUUCCAGUAUUACUCCAGCUUUCACUGGGAGCUGAGACAGAGAGCCCUGAGACUGUUCCAGCAGGCAGCACGCAAGGUUGUGAUCCGAUGUCUCAUGAACCGGAGAUUGGCCUCAUUGAGGAAACUGUCUGACAGUAUGAUGAACCUGCCCUCAGCACAGAAAGAAGAUAAGACAUGUGAUCUGAAGAUCUCCUCAGAGAGAAUCUUUCCAUUUUCUUUCCCCAUUUUCUCUGAAGAAGCUGACCAGCUGGGUCCCAGUAAUUUAGUCUCAGUGCCUGUGGAUCCUAUUGAUGUGACUGUGACAGCGCGUAUCCCUUUCUUCAGGCUUCAAGUUCCUCAGCACUAUAAGCUCAUGGGAUACCAGCCUGUAUCAGCCUGGGAGGCAUUUAACUUUUAUAAACCCUCUACUUUAGCCAGACCGCUUCGUACUGGAGCUCCGAAUGAGCUGGUACCACAGUCUCCCAGAGCAGAAGAGGAACAGCAGCAUGAAAAUGAAGAGGCAGAUGUAGAAGUAAAGGAGGCUCCAGAUAUUCUGACCUUCACUGCCCCCGAAGCUCUGCUCAGACCUGUUCCGGCCAACCCACUCAGAAUCUUUAAUCCAGCUCCAGGCCUCCAGGCUUACAAACCGACUCCUAAAUACCUUGAGAGUGAUUUGGAGUUCCACCUCUGCCCUCUGCCCAGGUAUACAAACCCUGAGAUCAACAUGUGUGGGGUCAAGACACAAACUCAACAUACUCAGAGAAAGUUUCUGGACCGCAAGGGAUUGAUCAAAGGAGUCAUGACAUGGACGAAUUUUGAUUCUGCCACCUUGAACUGUCUGUCCAAGCAGCCAACUCUCACCAGUGACUCUGCUCCACGCAGGUCUGUCGACUACAGCACCGAUAUACUUCCACUCACAGCACCUCCUCCUCUCACCGGCCCUCCAGAUGAUCUGACAGCACCAACAGACAAACCGUGCGAAGGCUCAGGAGUCCAGCUGACACCAGAGAUGAUCAGAGCAGAGUUCCUCUCUGCGGAAGUGCUGGUCUCCAAUAGCAACCCAGCUACCGGAGUGACAGCAAGGCACCACAGAGAGCGUCAGAUAGAAGCGACCUACAUGUCCGAGUUCAGCCAGAUGGAAAAAAGAGUGAUGGGCAAGCUGAAGUGUCUUGGAGUCAAUAAGAGAACUUCUCAUCCACCAGGAGAGGACCGUGAAUAGG